AUGUCGACCACGAGACCGCCCCCGCCAACACCGCCUAUCAGCGUUAACCAAGGUAGCGGAUCCUCACAAUCAAUUCAUGAGGACACGAAUUUACGAAGUCAGCAACCCCCGCUACCGUCGAUGCCGCGACAGGAAGAGUGCGCCGCAGAAUUUCGUUACUUAGAAUCUCAAUUUAACACUUAUCGCGUCAGAUCCGACGAGAUUAAAUAUAACGCAGUCAUCAGACAUCUCGAUGAGCCUACAAUGGUUACUGUCACGGACAUCCUUGAGAACCCUCCUGCAACCGACGAAUGUAAGCAGCUCAAGGAGGCACUAAUUGCGAGAUUCACAGACUCGAAAGAAAAACAAAUGCGAACGCUGCUUAUGGGUAUUGAACUCAGUGACAAGAAGCCAUCGCAGUUACUACGCGAAAUGAAGACUCUUGCAGGAGAGAAUGCCACCGAGGGCUUGUUGCGAACCCUCUGGCUGCAGCGAAUGCCCGCUCGCAUACAUGAGAUGCUGUUAAUAUUUGACAGUGCUACCUUGGAUAAACUAGCGGAAUGUGCAGAUAAACUCAACGAACAUCCCACUUCAGUGGACAUUCAUGCCGCACAAACAACCGCAGCAACGACAGAGCAGGAUUCUAUUCAGCAGCUUAUCAAACAAAUGGCUGCCCUGACAAAUAAGGUAGAACGGCUAUCUAAAGAAAAGCGUUCAAGAAGCCGUAGCACAAGCCGCUCUCGACAACCAGUCAAGGCAUCAAACAUGUCAUCUAACGAAGCAGGCCAGUGCUACUACCAUCAACGAUUUGGGGAGCGAACUCACAAGACUACAGGUUUAACCUUCCUCGUUGACACGGGCGCAGAUAUCUCCAUCUUACCAGUAUCAAGGCUGGGAAAACUCACUUCACCAGCGCCAUUGGUCCUAUACGCUGUAAAUGGCUCACAAUUUAAGACCUACGGGCGAAAACUUCUUACCCUAGAUCUAGGGAUACGCAGACCAAUUACAUGGCAAUUUACCGUAGCUGAUGUCUCUCGUCCAGUUACGUCGCAGCAAAGACACUGGAUUCAUCAUCAAUAUAUCACCGCAUCCUGGCGGACUACCCAAAAAUCGUCACCGAGCCGCAGCUACCUACUGAGAGGGCACACGGAAUUUAUCACAAUUCAAACCAAGGGACCUCCGGUGGCCAGCCGACCUCGUCGACUUCCACCAGAUAAGCUCAAAACAGCAAAAGCGGAAUUCGCCCAUUUAUUACAACUAGGGAUCUGUCGACCCUCCAAGAGUCCAUGGGCGGCGCCAUUGCAUUUAGUUCCGAAGAAGCAACCGGGCUCGUGGAGACCGUGCGGUGACUACCGCGGUCUUAAUGCAGUUACAACUCCAGACAGGUAUCCUCUACCUCACAUUCAUGACCUCACCAGUAAUCUACGUGGAAAACACAUAUUCUCUACAUUGGAUCUAGUCAAGGCUUACCACCAAGUACCUGUCCUAGAAGAAGACAUUCCGAAAACAGCGGUAACGACCCCUUUCGGCCUCUUCGAAUUCGUCACUAUGCCUUUUGGGUUACGAAACGCUGCUCAAACUUUCCAGCGUCUAAUGAACGAGGUACUUCAAUAUUUAGAUUAUUGUUUCUGUUAUGUAGAUGACGUACUCAUUGCUUCGGUCAACGAAGAACAACACCAGAAAGAUCUACGACAAGUCUUUCAACGACUGCAGGACGCAGGCAUCACAAUCAAUCCAGCAAAAUGUCGUUUCGGACAAAAGAAUAUACAAUUCUUAGGACACGAAAUCAGCAGCGAGGGCAUCAAACCUUUACCUGACAAGGUAAACGCAAUCAUCAAUUUCACUCAACCUGAAACCUUAAUACAACUCCGUAGAUUUCUCGGCAUGCUUAACUACUACCGCCAACACUUAAAGCACACAGCCAAGAAUCAAGCGCCAUUAAAUAACCUACUCAAAGACUGCCGAAAAAAAUGA